AGCGGCGUCGCCAUCGCCAUUGCCAUCGCUGCUCGAGGUGAGCAAGCGAGAGGAGAGAGAGGGAGAAGGCGGCGACAUGUCCGGCGAGGAGGAGGAGAACGCCGCGGAGCUCAAGAUCGGCGAGGAGUUCUUGAAGGCGAAGUGCCUGAUGAACUGCGAGGUGGCGAUCAUCCUGGAGCACAAGUACGAGCAGAUCCAGCACAUGUCGGACGGGGACCCGGCGUCGCAGGUGUCGCAGGUGUUCGAGAAGUCGCUGCAGUACGUGAAGCGGUUCAGCCGGUACAAGAACCCCGACGCCGUGCGGCAGGUGCGGGAGACGCUCAGCCGCUACGGCCUCGCCGAGUUCGAGCUCUGCACCAUCGGCAACCUCUGCCCCGACACCAGCGACGAGGCCUCCGCGCUCGUCCCCUCCCUCCGCUCCGGCGGCAGGUUCCACGGCGACCCCGGCAGCGAGAAGAUCGACAAGAUGCUCAACGACCUCUCCCUCAUCAAGAAGUUCGAGUAGAGCAUGGUAGCAGCUUUCCUUUCAAUUGCUGUUGCUCUUGUUUGCAUUAUCAUAUCCUAUCUAUCUAUAAAAACCAUGGUUGCUCUAAAUCGAAAUUAGUCAGUAUCUCAUGUAAGAUUUUCAACCAAAUGUGACCAAAUUUCAUUAAGAGCAGUAUAGACAAGCAUAACCUAGUUACAAAGAGGAACUAGGAGAAGAAGCAGCUGUUAAAAGACACUUGACAAAAGAAAAAAAAAACACAGUGCUGCCCUCUAGCUGAUUCCUUCCGGCACCCGCCGCCACCCAGAUUUCAGUGCUUUGUUCGAUAUUGAAUCGGUGCUCAGUUCUUCUGAUGUUCUGCAGGAGGAAGGAGCAUUGUAACGAGUUCAAAACCUUGAUGUUAAGUUGGUAGUAAUGUUUAGUGAGCUUUGAAAAGAGAAAGGAGCUAAAUUGACUGGUUUAUCUAAGUUUGUCAUUCUGUUA